GUUAUCUCGAGUACAGAGUUCUUCGGUGGUUGUGUUCGUCCGGUUUCCCUGUGAUUUUUUCCAAUCUCAAAGGAUCCCGGUUACUGCUACUCCGACAAAAAGAGUGUGGGUCAAAUGAUAAGUGCUUGAGGAUCAAAAAAAGAAGAUAUUGGAUGUUGAUGUUGAUAUAUUGUUCGUGAUUGAGGAACGAUUUUAUGAAUGAAAAUUUGAAUCCACGGUAUAUGUGGUGAGAUUGUUAUUUGUGCGAUGUCGAUGGCUGAGUAUUAAAGUAAUCAAGAGGUGACUGGAGAAGAAUCUAGUCGCGCUCAUUUGAAUCAUUGUUGAGUAUCAGCCAGUAAACACACGCGAGGAUCAUGAAAAUGGUGCUGUCUCAACGUCAGAGGGAGGAGUUAAAUAAGGCGAUUGCGGACUAUCUCAGUACUAAUGGCUAUCAAGAUGCGCUCGAAGCGUUCAAGAAAGAAGCCGACAUGCCUGGGGAAGUGGAAAGAAAAUAUGGGGGUCUUCUGGAAAAGAAAUGGACCUCGGUCAUACGUUUGCAAAAGAAGGUAAUGGAACUGGAAUCCAAACUGUCUGAAGCAGAGAAAGAAUUCAUCGAAGGAGCACCGACACGUAGCAAACGGUCACCAUCUGAGUGGAUACCGAGGCCACCCGAAAAGUACAGUCUCACUGGACACAGAGCUCCCAUCAACAGAGUUAUUUUUCACCCGGUUUUUAGUCUUAUAGUGUCUGCCAGCGAAGAUGCCACCAUCAAGGUGUGGGAUUUCGAGAGUGGCGAAUUCGAAAGAACAUUGAAAGGACAUACUGACAGCGUACAGGACGUCUCUUUCGAUGUCUCCGGGAAACUGUUAGUCUCAUGCAGUGCAGACAUGUCUAUUAAGUUGUGGGACUUUCACCAGUCAUUCGCCUGCGUGAAAACCAUGCACGGACAUGAUCACAGUGUCAGCUCUGUCGCAUUUGUGCCACAAGGAGAUUUCGUAGUGAGCGCCUCUAGGGAUAAGACCAUCAAAAUAUGGGAAGUCGCGACAGGGUAUUGUGUUAAAACGUUGACGGGACAUAGAGAAUGGGUUCGGAUGGCCAGAGUCAGUCCCUGUGGAGAAUUAAUUGCUAGUUGCUCGAACGAUCAAACGGUACGAGUUUGGCAUGUUGCAACAAAGGAAACAAAGGUGGAACUCAGAGACCAUGAACACGUGGUGGAGUGUAUCGCAUGGGCACCAGACAGUGCAAGGGCAUCUAUCAAUGCUGCGGCAGGAGCAGACAAUAAGGGUGCCCAUGAAGGACCUUUCCUCGCAUCUGGCUCGCGAGACAAGGUAAUUCGCGUAUGGGACGUCGGUGCUGGUGUUUGUCUUUUUACCCUUUUGGGACAUGACAAUUGGGUUCGCGGCAUCGUCUUCCAUCCCGGUGGCAAGUUUAUCGUCAGUGCCUCUGACGAUAAGACCCUGCGAGUCUGGGACACGCGCAACAAACGGGUAAUGAAAACUCUCGAAGCGCACGUCCACUUUUGCACCUCCGUUGAUUUUCACAAAAGCCAUCCUUACGUGGUCACCGGUAGUGUCGAUCAAACAGUAAAGAUUUGGGAAUGCCGCUAGUCACCAAAACAUCAGGGUCUCAUUGAAUCUUCGUCGAGGAAGAAAGAUUUUGGAGAGAAGGCGAACGAUGCGCGUCGAAUUCGAUGAAAACGGCCGAGAGAGUAAGCUGCUACAAAAAAAUGUUAUCGUACAUACUACUAUUAUUAAUAUUAAUAUUAUUAUACACACAUAAACACGUACGAUUAAGAGCUCUUUAAUUAAUUUAUAAUAAAGUAUAAUUAGUAAUUAUUAAUAUUACAUAUACGUUUUACGAUAACGAACUGUACGAUUCGAGGAGAGUCGGUCGAAAUUAAUUUUCUUUCAUGAGGAGGACAUUGCCAUAAUUUCGUCGACGAUGAAAAAAAAAAAAAAAAGAAAUGAAAGAAAUUCAAGUGUCUCGAAUCUACUGAUAAAAAAUGGUAUCGGCAACAUGUUGCUUCAUCGAAACGAUUGGUUGAUUGUUCCACGGAGACAUUGUCUCAUCUACGAAGUGUGUAAUUGUAAAUGUACAUUUGGAUCGUUCGAACGCGUCGUCUUUCUCAAUCUAUCGACGAUGACAAGAAUUUCAGCUUGGAUCUCUGGAAUAUAAGAAAAAAUCAUGAUCGCUCCUUUGCUAUGCUGACCUCUCCUCGAGCGUUCUUGGCGUCGGAAAAAUGACACCGGCAUGUAUGACAUACAGAGGGAUGCGCGCGCGUAUACACGCAAAAAGAGAAAAUUAUUUGUCGUGUACUGUGAGCGUCGAUAAAGUUCAAUCCAACCUUGGACCGAGUAUGUGGCAUGUUCCUUCGUACAAAAAAGUAAAAAGAUACACAAUGUACUAACAAAGUGCGAAUAAACGUGCCAAACGGGUAGAUAGAUUUCAAAUUAAAUUGAGGAUCAAGUAGUGCCCAUUUGGAACGUUUAGUCACACUGCAUAUUCGAUAUCUGCGUACUAUUUAUACGACAAAAAUAUUUCGAAUUUUUCUGACAAAAAAAAAAGAAAAAAAAAAUUGAACGAACGAACGAACGAAUAUCUAGUGAGAUCGGCCGAAGGCGAACACAAUGCUAAAGGAAUAAUAUUAUUGUAUUGGUAAACAACAUAUAAGCUUUCGGCAGUGCAUGACGUCCAAUCAACGUGCAUUAUUAACGAUAAUACUAGAAGCAAGGAACGGCCAAGUGGAGCGUGCGAUUAGCGAAGAAGGAAAUACGUGGAAAGAAGUUUGGAAGCGUGUAUUCGCAUGAAAGUACUUGAGCCACAUAAUUCGUUGCGUGGGUCCCGAAAUACAAGGGGUACUAGUUGUAUAUUUAGUUCUAAACUAUUAGGAGUAGUGCAGACAUAACGUAGACAAGAAACAUAAGGAAGAGAAGAAAGAGAAAAUUAUAAAUCAGGCCACGAGUGUACGAUCGAUCGGUGCACACUCAACACACACACCCAUAUAUAUAUAUAAUAAUAAUACUUACGCAGGCAUUUGCCGAGACUUCAUGUAACAAUGCUUAAUUGAUUAAGGCCGAUUUUUCAAACGAUAUACUCUACUGUCCGCUAUUACAUUUUUCCUACCAUUGUUCCUCCCUCGUCUAGAUAAGCGCCUCUCCGUUUCCCCUAUGUCCAUUUGCCCCCGAAAAACCUGCCCAAGAAAGAGCUAGACCAUUUGACUCGAUGUGGCACUAAAUUAUUUUGAUGAACAAUAAAAACAAAAGUUCUCAUUCAGUUUAACAUGAUUCUGCUGUAUUACCUGUGUGUUUCGUCGUCGUUCGUGCAUCGUUGUUUGCCAUCUUUCGAUCCAUUUAUAAUAAAAAAAUCUUGUAGCAAUCACGAACAUUGGAAGUUCUGUUCUUUUGGGAGCAACUAUCCUUGUUUGUCUGAAACGAACCGAUGAAAUUACGGAAAUUCUUCCGUAAAA